GCGGCAGCGGCAGCGGCGGCUAGUGCUCGGCUUCUCGGAUCGCGUUGGCCCGGUCCGGCCCGCACGGCGCUGGGCGCGGAGAAAGGCCAUGCCGCCGCGGCGCAGCAUCGUGGAGGUGAAGGUGCUGGAUGUGCAGAAGCGGCGCGUGCCCAACAAGCAUUAUGUCUACAUCAUCCGAGUCACGUGGUCCAGCGGCACCACAGAGGCCAUCUACCGGCGCUACAGCAAGUUCUUCGACCUCCAGAUGCAGAUGUUGGACAAGUUCCCCAUGGAAGGAGGUCAGAAGGAUCCCAAACAGAGGAUCAUUCCAUUUCUGCCAGGCAAAAUCCUCUUCCGCCGCAGCCACAUCCGGGACGUGGCUGUCAAACGCCUGAUACCAAUUGACGAGUACUGUAAGGCCCUGAUCCAGCUGCCUCCCUACAUCUCUCAAUGUGAUGAGGUGCUGCAGUUUUUUGAAACAAGACCUGAAGACCUGAAUCCUCCCAAAGAGGAGCAUAUUGGGAAGAAGAAAUCGGGGAGUGACCUGACCUCGGUGGACCCCAUGGUCCUGGAGCAGUAUGUGGUAGUGGCAGAUUAUCAGAAGCAGGAGAGCUCAGAGAUCAGCCUCAGUGUGGGCCAAGUGGUGGACAUCAUUGAGAAGAACGAGUCAGGCUGGUGGUUCGUCAGCACUGCGGAAGAGCAAGGCUGGGUCCCUGCAACCUGCCUCGAGGGCCAGGAUGGUGUGCAAGAUGAGUUUUCCCUCCAGCCCGAGGAAGAGGAGAAGUACACAGUCAUCUACCCAUACACAGCUCGUGACCAGGACGAAAUGAACCUAGAGCGAGGGGCUGUGGUGGAGGUCAUCCAGAAGAACCUGGAAGGCUGGUGGAAGAUCAGGUUCCAGGGCAAAGAGGGCUGGGCCCCUGCUUCCUACCUAAAGAAAAGCAGUGGGGAGCCCUUGCCCCCAAAGCUGGGCUCCAGCUCUUCUGCCCACUCAGGGGCCCUUGACCUGGAUGGUGUUUCUCGGCAUCAGAAUGUUCUGGGCAGGGACAAGGAGCUGCUCAACAACCAGAGGGAUGGCCGGUUUGAAGGUCGCCUGGUGCCAGAUGGUGACGUUAAGCAGAGAUCACCAAAGAUGAGGCAGAGACCCCCUCCUCGCCGGGACAUGACCAUUCCUCGAGGCCUCAACCUGCCGAAGCCUCCCAUCCCACCCCAGGUGGAAGAAGAGUAUUACACCAUUGCAGAGUUCCAGACCACCAUCCCAGACGGCAUCAGCUUCCAGGCCGGCCUGAAAGUCGAGGUGAUUGAGAAGAGCUUAAGUGGUUGGUGGUACAUUCAGAUGGAAGAUAAGGAGGGGUGGGCCCCAGCAACCUUCAUCGACAAGUACAAGAAGACCAGCAGUGCCUCAAGGCCCAACUUCCUGGCUCCCCUGCCUCAUGAGAUGACUCAGCUGCGGCUUGGGGAUGCAACUGCAAUGGAGAACAAUGUGGGUCCAGAAGCAGUGGGGCCCUCCAGACCCCUGCCUGAAGCACCACAUGGUGGUAUGGACUCUGGGAUGCUGUGGUCCAAAGACUGGAAGGGGGGAAAGGAGGCCCCAAGAAAGGCAUCUUCAGACCUGUCUGCAUCAGCAGGCUAUGAGGAGAUCUCAGACCCCACACAGGAGGAGAAGCCCAGCCUCCCUCCACGCAAAGAGUCCAUCAUCAAGUCCGAAGAGGAGCUGCUGGAGAGGGAGAGACAAAAGAUGGAGCCUCUCAGGGGCUCGUCCCCCAAGCCCCCUGGCAUGAUUUUGCCAAUGAUUCCAGCCAAGCAUGCCCCGCCAGCCCGGGACAGUAGGAAGCCAGAGCCCAAACCUGACAAAAGCAAGUUGUUCCUGCUGAAAAACGACAUGGGGCUAGAGUGUGGUCACAAGGUGCUGGCCAAGGAGUUAAAGAAGCCCAACCUCCGUCCCAUCUCCAGGUCCAAAGCUGAGCUGCCCGAAGAGAGGGUGGAAGUCACUCCCCAGAAUCCAUUCUUGAAGUCUAGACCUCAGGUUAGGCCCAAGCCAACUCCUUCCCCCAAGACAGAGCCAGCUCAGAGUGAAGAUCAAGUGGACAUACAUAACCUCAGGAGCAAACUCAGACCUGCCAAAUGCCAGGAAAAGGCCUUAUUGGAUGGGGAGAGCCACCAUGCUGCUGGGGGCCAUGACACAGCCCUCAGCCGAAGCUUCCUUCCAGCAGAGGGACCUGGCCGUGGUCAGGACAGGUCUGGUAGACAGGAUGGGCUGAGUCCAAAGGAGUCACCCUGCCGAGCCCCUCCCAGGCCAGCCAAGACCACAGACCCUGGGCCCAAGAAUUUGCCCACGCCUGUCCAAGAAGCCACUCAGCAAAGACCUGUGGUCCCGCCUCGAAGACCCCCGCCCCCCAAGAAAACAUCCUCAUCACCGUUGUCAUGCAGGCCCCUCCCAGAGGUGAGAGGGCCACAGCGUGAAGCCAACGAAAGCAAGGCCGUUCCUGCCCCAGGCAGGGCCCUCCUUGUCCCUCCAAAAGCCAAACCCUUCCUCUCCAACUCCUCAAUGGGCCAAGAUGACAUGCGAGGCAAAGGUGGGCCAGGGCCACGCACAGCUGGCAAGGUGGGAGAAAACAGAGAGAAAGCAGCCUCCUUCCUCAAUGCCGAUGGCCCAAAGGACUCACUGUAUGUGGCCGUGGCCAACUUUGAAGGAGAUGAAGACACCAGCAGCUUCCAGGAAGGGACAGUGUUUGAAGUUCGGGAGAAGAGCAGCAGUGGCUGGUGGUUCUGCCAGGUCCUCAGCGGGGCUCCUUCCUGGGAAGGCUGGAUUCCUUCCAACUACCUCCGGAAGAAACCUUAGCUUUGCCACCCCGCCCAGAGACCCCCUGCUCUCCCUGCCAGCCUCUCCCCCGUAUUUAAUACCCAUCUUAAUUUAUCAGUCUCCACAUAGUUUCACGGAAGGAGGCCAUUGGGGUGCUGUGUCUUCUUCCCUCCCAGGGUGGGGAAUGCUUGGUGCAGAGAUGUCCUGUUGCCUGGGGUCUGAUUCUCCUAUUGGGGCAUCCCUGGAAGCCUUUUC